AUGGCGGAUCAAGCACAAGUGCCUCCAGCGUCAUCGUCGGCCGCCGGUAGCGUGCCGCCGCCUGCGACGAGCCAAACGAUCCCGCCGAUGAUUCCCUACGAUUACUCAUAUGGUCUUGAUCCGAACGCCCUUCAAAUGACCGACUAUUGGGCGAACGGAUAUCCGCCGAUUGCUCAUUAUCAAGCGCCGCCGAUUGGUGGUGACAUCGAUUACGCGUAUCCACAAUUGUCGCAACUCGCAAAUGCCGCUUCGGAAGGGAAUCCGAACGCGACGAGCGCCACAACGGCGGCCAGCGAGCUCGCCGCGGCGACAAGCACCGCCACCAAUGAAAUGCAUGAGUUGAAAGUCUCGGUGGCGGGUGCGUCGAGCGCGCCGCCGCCGCCCACCACCGCAAUGCUGCCGACGUUGCCGCAUCCGGUUCCGGGAAUGUAUGACUGGACCAAUGGCUAUCCGGCAUAUAUGCCGCCACCACCAGCGUCGCAGGAUGACAAAACUGCCGUCUCGUCGUCGUCGACAUCCUAUCUUCUUCCGCCGGCGCCAUAUCCGUUUGGUGGUGACUCGAACACCCUGUCGACACCAUUUUAUCCACCACCACCUAGCGCAUCGACGGGACUUGGCGAUGGCACGGGUUUGCCGGACUACACGGCGCAAUGUUUGACGGCGGCGCCGCCACAGCAGCCGCCGCCGGCUGGAAUUAGCCCACAUUAUGACGCAUACCCUGGAAUGCUGCCAACGGGAAAUGCGAUGACGAGAAAUGAAAACGCGAGUUUACGUAGCUCGGGUCGCCGUCGCGGUGCCAACAGUGUGGCUGGCUCGUCGGGAAUGCCGACGCGUCACUCGUCGUCGUCGCGUCUUUCGGACAACGAUUCGGUUAGCAACGACGAGCGUGAGCACGAUCGGCGCUCGCAAAACAAUAUGCGUGAGCGUGUUCGCGUUCGCGAUAUCAAUUCGGCGUUCAAAGAGCUCGGCAAAAUGUGCAAUCAACAUAAUCCGGCGACGUCGGAGCGCACGCAAACGAAACUAGGAAUAUUGCAUCAAGCGGUGGCCGUAAUCACGCAACUUGAAGAGCAGGUCCGCCAACGCAAUAUGAACCCGAAAGCGCUUGUCGGAAUGAAGCGCAAGCCUGACGAUGACAAGAUGAAAAUUGAGGAUGAUGCGAACCCGCUUCCUUUUCAAUCUCAUCAACGAUUCAAUCAAUGA